AGGUGAAUUUUCAUAGUUUUGUUCGUGCGUGCGUGUGCGUGUGUGGAGACGUUUUAGAUGUGUGUCCAGUGAGGAGGGCUUGCGUUGCGCAAACACACUUUUUUUCCCUCUUUCUUUUCUUUUAUCCCGCUUAGCUCUUCCUCUCCUCACCGUUCCUUCUUUUCUCUAAUUUCUUUUUGUUUCUUGCAAGUGCGCAGAGAGAAACGGCUGCAGUCGGCUGUGGAUUAUUGUGUUCCUCUUCUUUUCGUUGAGUGCGUGUUUGUUUUCCCCACCUUUGGUUGCAUGCCUGACUACCGCUAAUACUCUUUUUUCUUUUCCUUCUGUUUUUGUCAGCAUUCACACUGCUCCACGAGACCUCGUUCACCCUAUAGGUACGCACACGCAGCCGUAAAAAAAUAAGACUAAGAAGAUGAACAACUACGUGUUGAAUGACGAGAUCGGUCAAGGGGCCUUUAGCACCAUCUACAAAGGCCGUUAUCGAUCCACCACAGAGUUUUACGCCAUCGCUUCCAUUGACAAGACGCGACGGGAACGCGUGGUGAACUGCGUGCAGAUCCUGCGCUCCAUGCGCCACCCCAACGUGAUCGAGUUUCACAACUGGUAUGAGACAAAUAAUCAUCUGUGGAUCAUCACCGAGUACUGCACCGGCGGUGACAUGUCCACCGUGCUCCGCUCGCGCAUUCAGCUCAAGACGGUCGCCGUGCAGGCGUUCGGCCGCGACAUCGCGGUGGGCCUCCUGUACAUUCACAGCAAAGGUGUCGUGAGCAACGACGUGCAAACGCGUAACUUAUUAAUGGACUCGGCGGCGAUACUGCGCUUUCAUGACUUUAGUCUCGCCUGCUACUUCAACGACGCCAGCACGCGGCCGCUGAUCGGCACUCCGCUGUACAUGGCACCCGAGCUUUUUAUGUGCGACAAGCCCGUCUUCUCCGUCGCAUCGGACCUGUGGUCGUUUGGGUGUGUCCUGCACGAGCUCGCUACGGGCGAGCCGCCCUUUUCCGCGACAGAUUUAGAGGUGUUGUUGACGGACAUCCUGACGGCCCCUACGCCGCGCGUGACCGCCAUGCCGGAGUCCUUUCAGACGUUGCUGAACGGCCUGCUCGAGAAGGAUCCGCUGCGGCGCUUCACCUGGGGCGACGUCAUCCGCAGCGACUUCUGGGACGAGCCGAUCCCGCCGCCGAGCAGCCCCCUGCCGACUCACCCCGGCUGGGAAGAGUUUAAGCGGGACAAGACAAGCCGCCUCGGUGCCGCCUUUUCGUGGACCGAGGCGGACGCGCGGGCCGUCGUGGCGCACGCCGUAGCAGUGGCCAAGUCCAACACCACCGCGCACAACGUCGAGGAGAAGGAGAGCGCCGCGGCCACGCUGAAUGUGGCGAAGGAGCUCGACUUCACCUCGAGCGCGGCGCAGCGGGCGGCGCUGAAGCUGGAACCCGCGAAAGCGGAGCGGACGGCGCACUCGGCGGACAACGGCGCGACCGCAACGCACACAAACACGAGCCCGAGCGCGUACGCCUCGCCGGCCCGCACGUCCUACACGAGGGCCACGAGGAGCACCAACGACCAGGGCAGCACCUCCGCCCCUGGCCGGACAAGCCGAGUGGCGGAGACAAACGUCGGGGGCCCGCAACGCCGGCGCGGCAGCAAAGGACGCGGUGGCACGACGAGCCGCGACGCGUCUGGCCCGGGUGCGGCGUCGGUUGCCUACGCGGGCGGACGAGCUGCCUACGCGGCAAACGCGUCGAAUGCGAACGACGACAGCCCGAGCGAGGCAACGCUCAGCGCCUUCGCUGCCGGUGCGCUGCGUCGUGUCGCGUUGGCAGAGCUCCUGCCGCACCAGACCGAUCAACACAUUCGCCCCUUGAGCAACAACAGUCGCAUCGAGUACACCCCAGAGGCAUCCUACGAUGCCACCACGCUUGGCUUCACGGCGCUCACGGCGGCGGAGAUCAACAGCUUAUCUCCCAGUCGACACACGGCCUUCUUUCGUUCCCUGUACGUGGCGCUGUCCAACACCCGCAGCGGCCACGAGUCCCUGCGCAACGUCAUGAACUACAUUAUGGCGCUCUGCAGCGACCCGGAGGUGGCGAGGGCCUCGGUGAAUAGCUCCGUCAUGCGACAGUGCGUGAAGCACGCAGGACGCCAAGACGCUCCGGCAUCUUUUCGUGCCACCGCGGCGCUCAUUAUGGGGCUGCUCGUGCGCACGACCGCCUUCAUUACCGACGAGGUCGCCUCGUCGUCUAUCCUGGCCGACAGCAUGCAGCUCUUCGAGGACGAAACUGAGGUGACGGUGAAGCGCAAGCUGCUCGCCUGCAUUGGCGAGUUUCUCUUCUACAUCGCGGUACAGAAUGAGGCGCAGCGCCAGCUGUGGAAUGUGCAGCGGGCCACGGUGCGCCGCAUUUUCCUCUCCGCCCUCGACUGCCGCGACGACGUGCUGAAGCAUUACGCCGCAAAGAUGAUCGAGAACAUGACCUCGACUCCGCAGAAAGAGAUGGCGCUGGAGCUCUUCGCCGAGCCGGUAUUUGUAGAGAAGCUGCUCUCCGUCUUCGCACUGCCGCAGAUGGAGGGGCGCAGCGAAGACAUGCGGUCCGACGCCGCGUGCGCCGCCUUCAAGCUAGCCAUGAUAAAAGAGGAUCUCAUUCUGACUGUCAUGCAGUCGAAGGAGGUGCCCGUCACUUCGUACGCCAGCGUGAUGCAGCGGUCCUCCGUCACGCAUCUGAUGCAAAUUCUCAUGACGUUUAUGAACCACGCGCUGGUGAAGGGCAUGACGGCGCUGCAAAACCCGUUUAUGCAGAUGUGGACGAAGGCGGCACAGGAGUCCCGCAGCAACCGCGGCAUGAAUUUGUUCAUGUCGACUCUGAGCGCCGCAGAUGCAGAGGAGAUCGUCGGCAACAUGCUCUUUGUAAGCGAUGAGGUGCUGGACCACCUGAGUGAGGCGAUCGAACAGGCGUCCGUCGCCGUGUACGGCAAAACGUUGCUCUUUGUCACGCUGAUCGGGUGCGUUGGCGGGAGCGGGCUGUGCUGCGUCCUCAGCAGCCGCUGCGUUGCAUUUCUGGAUCGACUGGUGCGUGACACGGACAAGUACGUGCGCAAGUGUGCAGUGGCCACGUCCGAGUUCCUUGGCUGGUUCAUCUCCGACAAGCUGACGAGUAUCGCACGGCGGGUGUCGUCCACUUCGACGCCGACACACUUGACUGUCAUCCAACAACUCCUCAACUGCGCGGCGAUUCGCAACGGCAUCGACUUUCAAACAAGCGUCUUUCAAAGCUUGGCGACGUGCAUCGACAAGGCGAUGAACAACACCCUCUACGGCACCUACGAGAACGACUUCAACAGCGUGGCGGACCGUUUUGUGGAGAGUCCGGUGGUGGUGCUCAAGUACAAGGACAGCAUCUGCCAGCACCUCGUCACGUCGUACGCGGAGAUGCUGGGUCGAAGAGACACGAGUGGCCGAUUUACCGCCGUCCGCUUUCUCACCUCGGCCAUGGUGCCUAUCGCCGCCGAGGACGCCGAGUCACGCAAGGAGAACAGCUGUGCUGCCACUGUGGCGCACAAAAUAUUGAACGUGGUGGUGCCGAACCUUGCCUCGCUCCUGCAGGAGACCAGUCCGAUUCCCGUGAACACGAUGCGUCUGCUGAUGACGUCUGGCGAGAUGGCGCAGAGUACGCUGAGCGGACUCGUGACGGAGCGCCUGCUCGGCACCGUGUUCGAGUACAUCAACGGCAGCGGUGGCGACGAAGACAUGUUCUACCCGCUCUCUUUUGUUCACGUGUGCUUACUGGCCUGUGCACGCGUCGACAUCCUCAACUAUGUUGUGCGACAAGGCUUGUGCACGCAGGCUCUGCGCGCGAUCGCCUCGGCGCUGCAAGAGAAGAACGAUCAGCACAUGGAGGUGUGCUGCAUUCUUUUGGCAGAGGUGCUGCGGCGCGUGACAAGCGACGCGACAUCGAGGGUGACGGUGCAGUGCGCCGAGAGUGCGCGUAAGGACACGAUUAGCUCGGUGCUGUUGCCCAUCUGCGUGGACACAAACAACAGCGUGGCGGUGAUGGAGUCUGCCGCGUCGGCGAUCGAGGACUACGCGCGACUCUCCGCCCUGGCGAGGGCUGAUCUCACGUCUUCCACCACGCUCGGCGCGUACAUUGUCGCCGUGUCUAACGCGCUCUACUCGCAGACGAAGCGCACCGUUGCCACACGGCUGCUGACAGCCUUUAACGUGUCGUGUGAAUCCUCGUCGCGUGAUGUACUGCAGUCCCUCAGUCGGAAUUCCCCUCUCAUCAGUGUGCUGAAGACGGCCGCGGGGGCUGCAAACAUGCGUGUGGCCGCCGCAGAGGCGGAUAGGCUGUUGAAGCUGCUCGCAUAA